CCAAGUCAUCCAUGUAAUCAGGAGAAACGACGUUAGCCCUUUAAAAUUUCUACAAAUAUUACUCGAUUCUUCAGCUCUUUUUCCGACCCACAGCUGACAUUCUCGGCGUCGAUUUGAGCGAGUGAACAAGCGAGAUGAACGGUCUGGUUUCUUUGGCGGGCUUGUUAAUGUUUAUUUUUAAAAUCUCGACUGCUCAAGUACUGGAAUUAAAUGACGGCAAUUUUCUAGAGACUGUAACAGGUCAUCCACUACUCUUAGUAGAAUUCUACAGCCCAAAAUGUCCGUUUUGUCAAAAGCUUGCACCUGUGUACGAACAGGCGGCAAAAAAGCUUCAUGAUAUACAGCCAUCCCUUCAAGUAGCUAAGGUUGACUGUACGAAUGAUGCUUGCAAUGUCACCUGCACCAAGUCUAAUGUCAGAUACGUUCCUUGGAUAAUCAUGUUCAAAAAUGGUGCUCAAAGUAGUGUCUUUGGGGAUCGCAAAAGAGAUGAAGAUACCAUUGUAAAGUUUGUAACUGACGUCGUCAGUAACACAACCGAAAAGCAACAAGAUGUUAUAGUUCCAAAGAUCCCUCCGAUAAAUGCUUGCGAUGAACAUCCUCCACCAUCGGCAGAGGUCCCAACGACGAUCCCUGCAGGACUCCCUGUGACUGAACUCACUGAUGCAACAUUUGCAGACUUUAUUAAGAGUAGUCCUUAUGUUAUAGUGGAUUAUUAUGCGCCUUGGUGUUCAGAUUGCCAAAGACUGAGUCCGCUGUACGAUGAAGCAGCGCUUCAACUCCAAAAAACCAACCCCAAGAUAAAAUUCGCCAAGGUGGACUGUAACCGAGGCAACGUACCAACAUUUAGCAUAUGUGCAGCAUCAAAGUUAAAGUUUUUUCCUUGGGUGGUGCUAUUCCAUAAUGGCGAGCCGGUACAGCAUUAUGACCAGGAAAAUAUUCCUAAUACUGCUACUAUAUAUAACUUUAUCAAGUCUGGGACGCAAGCUAACGAUGUAGGGUCAGUGGUUCAGCAGCUUGAUGAUUCAAGCUUUGAUUCUAUGAUAAGCACGCAUCCGUAUGUUAUGGUAGACUUCUAUGCCCCAUGGUGUUUUUAUUGCAAGAAGAUGGCUCCUAUUUAUGAUGAAUUGGCAACAGAAUUAAAGGAUCCUUACCCUUCACUUCGACUUGUGAAGGUAGAUUGUACUGUCACAAACCCGAAGACUAAAACUACAUGUACAAAAAAUGACAUAGCGUUCCUACCGACGCUCAAACUUUUCCAAAACGGAAAGUUCCUCAAGGAGUACGAAGGCGACAAGACAAACAAAGGUACCAUUUCAAGCUUUGUUACUGACGUAGUUGGCGUCGAGCAAUCAGCGAAACGUACUACCAUGAAUUCCACUAAAACAAACAAUGACAAAACCAAACAACUCGAGAAGAAAGACAAAAAAAGCAAGAAAGAAUUAAAAAAAGAUAAUGCUGACGAAGAAGGGUCGUUAGACAAAGUCGUAGAAAAAGAAGAUAACGAGAAGAAGCUAUCCAAAGAAAAUAAAAAUAAAAAGGAAAACGUAUCGAAAAAAUCCCGAAAAGAAAAGUCAAGAGUGGACAGAGCUGCUCAAAUUCUAAAAAAAGUCUUCAAACAGUUUAAAAUCGAUAAACUCACCAAGACGAAAAAGCACAGAAAAUACGAGGAUGACGACGAAGAAGAAGACAGUGAUAGCAACCGUAACUCAUGGCAACAAGUUGUCAGGGACAUUCAUCAGGUUGCUAAGGAUAUUCAUAAGAUGACUAGAGAAUUCACUAGAGCGGUUUCUAAUAAACAGCCAGGUGUUGAUCGCUUGGUUAAAGCAUUUAAUCAUUUAGUAAAAUCUAAAGAUGAAGAUGAAGACGAAUACUAGGUUAUAUAAAGUGCGCACUCGAUAGUGGAAAUACUUUUUAAAAGUACAAAGGAAUUUUAUAAAGUAGUUAAAGCUUUGAAGUGUAAAUUAAACCCUUAUUAUUACA